AUGAACAGUCUCAGUCUUUCUGGGCUCACUGUCCUCCAGUGCCCUCUCAGUGCCCCCUCCCUGUUGGCCCACGCCAACAGGGAUCCCCGGUCCGAGUCCGCCGGGGGCUCCCCAACCACCUGGGCCCCCAUGGGCCUCUCCGUCGGCCGUGACGUCACGGGCGAAAACAAGCAGCGGAAGCGGGGCUCGGUUCAGAGAUGGACGCUCGGGGAUUAUCCUCCUGAAUUAACAAAAACACCCACUUCUGCCUCACAUGACGCCGUGUCCCCGUCCCCGCAUGUAGCAGGGCGGCUCUUCUUCCCCCCCAGCGCGGAGCUCAGCCCCGGCCAGCCCCGCAGAGCCAUGUCGGACCUGGACUCCCUGGUGCUCAGCUUCCAGAGCCGGCUGCAGGACGUGAUGGAGGCGGUGCUGCAGGUCGCCGUGUUCCAGGUCACCAAGCUGGUGCAGGACGUGUUCCUGGUGGAGGCGAAGCGCCGCGGGGAGGAGCUGGAGGCUCUCCGGACCGAGCUGCAGCAGCAGGCCGGGCGGAGGGAGGACCAGGGCGGGGGGGACCCCGACCCCGGGGAGGGGGGCACCGCGGACCCCCGGGACGACGCGUGGUCGGGCUGGAAAUCGGGCUGCAGGCGUGAAGGGAAAUCGGGGUCACCGGGUGACCCUGCAGCCGCCCGGAGCCCUGGACAGGAGGCACAGGCCACAGAAGAGGAGGAUCUGACUCCAGAUGUGAAGGAGGAAGAAUUAAACACGCCGUCUUGUUCUGCUGAGCACGUGAGACGGUGGAGCGGCGCUCCCGUAGAUGACGCUGGACCUGAAUCGGAACCCCCAAACGAGGCGGCUGAAGCACAAUCGAAAGAGGCCGAUGAAAACAACGAGGAGUUGUUGCAGGUAGACAUUAAGCCAGACCUUCAGAUCUCUGCGGCGUUUCCGUUUCCAGAGGAUCAGCCGGAGCCACACGUGACUGCAUCUCUGGAAGUGGACUCCACCUGGCCCGGCCGGCCCGCCACAGCCGCUGUGCUGCUGCAGACUCACAGACUCGAGGAGGAAGGUGAUCCGGUCCAAACCAACGGGUCUCUAAAGCGAGAGGAAGGUGAGCCGUCGGCAGAUGUUCAGCUCAUCCCAGGCGCGGAUCAGGCUUCGUCGUCGGGAUCUCCUGAAGCCCAACCCAAACUCGGCAGCGAAAACGUCGUGACCGUCAAGGAGGAAGUCCUCAUCGACGGCGACGAGUGCGACGAAUGCGAGCAGACGGACGAGAGGGCGAGGGAGUCUAGGACGAUGUCGUUCAGCUGCGUGGUGAAGCAGCACAGAGCGAGUUCUGCCACACACAAACCAAACAUCUACCACGAGGCAGCGCUGGCGGAGGCCAUGAAGCUGGAUGCCAAAGUGGCUGCACGUGUCCGGUUACGAGCAGCCGGUCAGCAACUUCACCGACCAACUAAAAGGUUCCCCCACACUCUCUCCAGCGGGCCGGCGGCGCCGGCAGCUCCCGCUCAGGCGGUGAACCUGCACCAGCUGAACAGGGUUCCCUCCACCUCCAAAGCUGCUCCAGAACUCCCAGUGCCGGCGCUCCACCCGGGAGACAAACAGACCUCUGCUCCCAACCGAACCGCCGCCUCGUGGGUCGGCUUAAAAUCCCAGCAUCCGCCCGCGGCCGUUCACCACGGCAACCCCGGCCCCCACCCCGACCCCCCGCCCUGCGGCGGGCCCAGGCACCUGCUCCGCUGCGGCCACUGCGGCAAGUGUUUCCCCCACCCCAGCAACCUGAAAGCCCACCUGCAGACUCACACGGGGGAGCGGCCGUUCUGCUGCCUGCUCUGCGGCCGCAGCUUCACCAAGCUGAGCAACCUGAAAGCGCACCGGCGCGUCCACACCGGGGAGAGGCCGUACUGCUGCGCCGCCUGCGGCAAGCGCUUCACUCAGAAAUGCAACCUGAAACGCCACCAGAGGAUCCAUCUGGACAUAUGACACAGCAGGACACAAAAAAAAGCCAAACAAAAAACAAAAAGGUCCAUUUGUGU